CUCCCCCUCGCGCUCGCUUUUCCCUCACGCGCCGCGAGGCGACCUCCGCCUCGAUCGUCUGCGCGUGCGCCCGCGAGAGAGAGAGAGCAAGAGCGAGCCCGGCCGAAGGUCCCGCGUCGCCCCGCCGGCCCGGCCCGGCCUAUUGCUUUUCUCUCUCUUUCUCCCCCCCCUCCCAACCGUUCCCCUCCCCUUCUUCUUGUGGAAGAAAAAAAAGGCGCCCCCCUGAGACCCAGACGCGCCCUCCCUCCUUCCUUUUCCUUCCCCACCUCGGCCUUUGCCUCUGAAAAACCUGUAAAAAUUGUUUUUAAAUAACUUUUUAAAAAAGUUCUAGGUCUAGAGAUGGAAAAAAUUCCAUUUCCCCCCGGGGGGGGAGAAGCAAGGAAAAAGCUGGGGGGGGGGGUCCCCCAGAAAAAUGGAUCACUGUCGAUCCAAUCUAGAUAACUUUAUAUACCUAUAUGUUCAAGGGGGAAAAAAGUUUUCCCUGUGUUCUUCUGGGGGGGGGAAGAAAUUUCCAUUUCUCAGUCAGCACAGUCUGGAUAACAAUAUGCACACAAUUUUUUUUCUGGAAGGGGAAAAAGAAGACAUUUCCCAGUCGAUGGAGUCUAGAUAACUUUACAUACAUGCAAUUUUUUUCUGGGGGAGGGGAACCAUUUUGCCUGGUUUUUUUUUCAGAAAAAAAGUUUCAUUUCUCAGUCAAUCCAGUCUAGAUAACUUUACAUACAUAGGUUUUUUCCAUAGGGAAAAAGAUCAUUUUUGGAAAAAAUGGAAAUUUUAUAUCACUGGUCAUGGCUUUAUUAGAGAUCUCUGAAAGGAAAGCAAGCACUCGCAUUCUCCAGAACUCUUCUCUGAAUGACGGUGGUCUAAAAUGUGAGGUUCAAGCAGAAAGUCCUAAAAACCCACCAAAAGCUAAAUAGGAAAUCUAUUACUCAUUUAAUUAAUUUAAUUAAAAUAAUUUUUAACCCACCUUUCUCCUUAAAACGACCCAGAACUUGUGACCGUGGUAUGUUUCCUCCCACCAUGGUUAUGGUUUUUAGUAUUAUAAUUAUGCUCGUUGGAAAGGGUUGCCAUAAGUCAGAAUUGGCUUGAUGGCAAAAUAUUAUUAUAAUAUUUAUUGCGUGACAGAGGCCAGCCCCUAUCCUGAGGUGCAUGCCUCUCUACAUUUCAGCACAAUGAAGGCUGGAUUGUGUAAGUCCAAAACUGUUUUUCUUGCAACUUUUAAAUCUUUAAAGUCACAUUUAAACAGGCAGGCACAGUUGAUUAAUUCAAGUAUCAAAACAACCUUCAGCAAAGCUGAAGCUUUUCUACUGUUGCUUCCUCCCUUGUUUCACUAUGAAGCGUCCAGGUUUUAUGCAGGAACAUUCUGCAGAUGGCAGCAGGAAGCAGUUCUUUUGCACAUUCAUAUUGUGCCAGGUGCCAUCCUGUGUGUUGUGCGUAUGUGGCAGCAGAGCCUGUUGUGUUCAGCUGGGCUUACUCUUAGGUUGGAACCCAGGAACAUCGACUUGGACAUAGGUUCUGUUAAGUUCAGUGGGACUUGCUUCCAGGGCAAAGGCUGCAGAAAGGACCUUACCCUCAACAUCAGUCUUGGCUGCAUUUGCUAUUCUGAUGAUGGCAACUCCAGAUGUGAGUGUCCACAUGGAGGAGGUGGUGGUAGUAACGACUCCAGACAAUGUGGUUGAUGGCAGUGGUGUUGAAGAGGUGAAGACUGUUCUAGUCACCACUAAUUUGUCUCAGCAUAGUAGUGACCUAAAUGAAGACACCCUGGAGACAGAAAAUGCAGCUGCUGCAGCUGCAGCUGCUUUUACAGCCUCCACGCAUCUGAAAGAAGCACUUUUAGUGAAGAUGGCUGAAGGAGAGGACUGCAUGGAAGCAGAGAUAGUGUAUCCUAUCACGUGUGGAGAUAGCAAAGCCAACCUGAUAUGGCGGAAGUUUGUUUGCCCUGGCAUCAAUGUGAAAUGUGUCCAGUAUGAUAACCAUUUGAUAAGUCCCAAGGAAUUUGUCCAUUUGGCUGGCAAGUCCACCUUAAAGGACUGGAAGAGGGCAAUCCGGAUGAAUGGAAUCAUGCUAAGGAAGAUAAUGGAUUCAGGCAAGCUGGAUUUCUAUGAGCACACCAAAGUGUGUUCCAACACUUGCCGAAGUACUAAAAUUGACCUGACUGGAGCCAGAGUGUCUCUGAGUAGCCAGACUUCGACGGAGUACAUUCCUCUCACCCCUGCCUCUGCAGAUGUAAAUGGUUCUCCUGCCACAAUUACCAUAGAAACAUGUGAAGACUCCAGCGACUGGACUAUGACUAUUGGAGAGGAUACAUUCGCGUUUUGGCGAGGUCUGAAGGAAGCUGGCUUGUUGGAAGAAGUGAUCCAGGAGUUCCAAGCGGAGCUCCUGGAGACGAUGAAGGGCCUGCAGCAGAGAAUUCAGGAUCCCCCUUUACAGCUGAGUGAUGCUGUCUUGCUCAACAAUACAGUCCAGAACUUUGGCAUGCUAGACCUGGUGAAGAAGGUUUUAGCCAGUCACAAGUGCCAGAUGGAUCGUUCCAGAGAGCAGUAUACACGAGAUUUAGCAGCUCUGGAGCAGCAGUGCGAUGAGCAUCGGAAAAGAGCAAAGGAGCUGAAACACAAAUCACAGCACCUCAACAACGUGCUAAUGACCUUGACGCCGGUCUCCCUCCCCUCCCCUUUGAAACGCCCCAGGCUCACGAGAGCCACCUCUGGACCUCCAGCCAUCCCCUCACAGAUCUUGACUCAGCCCGCGCAGAUCACCUUGGCUCCCGGGAUGCCGGUCACUCAGCUGGCCAACCUGCCUAUAGGCAAAGUGGUCUCUGCCCUCCCACUGUCUGCUCUGGGGAAAACAGCGACCCAAGUGACUUCCACAAGCUCUCCAGCCUCCCCACUGCUGGGUGGAUACACAGUCCUGGCCUCAGCAGGUUCUGCUUUCCCCAACGCCGUCGAAAUACACCCAGAUGCCUCCAACCUCACAGUCCUGAGCACAGCAGCCAUCCAGGAUGGCGGCACCGUGGUCAAAGUGGUGAGCCCUUUCCAGCUGCUUACUCUCCCAGGACUGGGCACAGCUAUCCAGAAUGUCACACAAGUGUCUCCCGGUGGGAGUACAAUCAUGACUGUACCCUCCACUGUUGUUGAGGGUACGACGGCAACAGAAGAACAUACUACCAUUGAGGUAACUACAGUAGAUGACUCUGAGCAGAAAUGAGAAACAGACUUUUAGCCUGCUUUCUGGGGUGUGCUUUGGGCUCACACAGCCAUCCCUCUGAUGAGAAGAAGAGGGCACUGGGAAAAGAGGAAGGAGACGGAUCAGCUCAUGGGAGAACAGUGAGGAUGGAAACAGGAGGGAGAGAAGCAUAGAGAGACCAAGCUGAAGGGAGAACACUACACAAAGGUGAUGAAAUUCCUCUGUUCCAGGAGAAUCGUUGAAAGCUACCAUCUUUCCACCUACUGUAUUCGAGCACUGUGCUUUCUCUGGCGAUCUGCAGUGGAACAAAAGUGUUUGUAGAGCAAGAGAGGCAGACGAGGCAGGUUUCUGAGAAUGAAAGAAAUCGAAGAACCAAAGGACAAGUUAGCCAGCCAAGCAAGUGUAGCUCUCAGAAUGGCAGUGCAGAUAGCCAGGAAGGCAUUUCCUGGGCUGAGUCAUGAUUCAGGCUGUACAUGGGUCGUGGGCUCUUUUCCUGCCAGGUGGGAGAACAGGUGAGAAAAAACACUGCCUGGGAUUGAGUGUUGGGUAAAACGUGUAGGAAGGCUCCCAGGGCCGCCUUCGCUUUGCAAAAUGCUUGCAGGAUUUAAAGCAGUCUGGAAGGCAAGCAAGGAAGGUCCUUUGGGGGUGGGGGGAUGCUUAGACUUAAAAGAGUUGCCCAUUUUUUAAAUGCAACACUGGGCACAUCUCAUUACCUCACUGUGUGGAACUCACAGUUUGAGACCUAGGACAUGAGGUGUUUUGGAAGAGGGUUUGUACAGAGGACCGGUAGAAACCCAUUCAAAUAGAAGGCAUUAACCUCCAAGAAUUAAUGGCUUCUUUAUGUUAUUAAAAGGCAAAUAGACAAAAAAAACCCAACAACCCCCCAUCCCUCACAUAUUCUAGCCUUUUUAAUUUGAGGCUAGUGGCCGGAGGAUAUCAUUCUUCUGAAUACUGAAUGCCUGAGCUGCUUCUGUGUCAGUGGAGGGCUGACGGUGUCUCUGUCCACACUGUCAUCUUCCACAGGCGGCGAUCCUUAUCCACUGUGCAUUGGCUUCUCGGGCCGAUAUAUUUGUGGAAAGGAUAUUUAGGCUGAAAAGGCAGGGGGAGCAGUUAAUAUGUGCCACUUCUGAGCUUUUGGGGGUGGUGUUUCAGCUGCCUUGAGGGAAUGUGAUAACUGGUUGCUUAAAAAAAAUGCAAGACAAGACAUGCCAAUGGGAGGGAGACAUUUGCUGCCCUAAAACACAUCUAGGCAGUUGGAUUCUUGCAGUGUGUGUUUGUCAGUAACAGCAAAUGGAAGACUCUGGAAUAAACUAUUAAAUGUGUUUUUAAGCAUG